AUCAAAAGGGUAAUUUUUAAAUCAUAAUCUUUAAAUUUAGUUUUCUGUUGGCUUAAUAUCUACCUCACGCAGGGUUACGAACACUUGAUAUAAAGAUGCGGGGUUAGAAAGCACUGAAUAUUUUACGUCUUGAAGUAUGUUGAGGAGAACUUCUUUGCUAAGAAAAUGGCUGCAAGUUGGUGCUGUGGGUUAUCCUUCAAUUCCCAAACCCUGCAAUAUUCGCCCGAUGUUGGAUUCUCUUUGUUAUGGUCCAGGAGCCUCACAGAGCCUCACAUGUGGCCCACGUGAGAGAGCCUCUCUGUCCACUUCUGUUAUUGCCUUUAAGAAGAGGAAAUCUAAGGAUGAGAAGAGUUCAGUAUCCCUCAACCCUAAAGGUCUGAAGAAAGAAAAGAAUCCUGUAGUCGGGGUUUGGAAGAAUAUGACUGUACAGGAAUUAGCAGAUGUUCUUGAAAAAGAUCUUGAUGAUUUGUAUGAAAUAUUCUUGUUUGUUGACAACAGUGAUCCAUAUGACAGGCCACAGGCUGUCAUUGAUAAUUUAAAAGUUAUACAAGACAGUGUCAAAAAGGCUGG